AGAAGAGCACAGCCGGAACAGCAGGUGGCAGCCAGGCCGGGGGGGGGCUUCUGGCGUGUGAUAGUGGGGGAGGCAAGCCAGGACGCCUGGGUCCUCCGGGAAGGCACCGUGCCGAGGGUUGGCCAUUGGGCUGGCUCGCUCGGUCGGUGCGCCGCCCUCUCCCUGUCUCCCUCUCCCUGCCUCCCUCCGGCACCUCUGCCGGUUCCUUCGCUCACGUGCGGUGGAAAGUAAUUCUAGCCCGUGACUGCAGUGGCACCGGCUGGCGUCGUACCUUCUUGGCAGCUAUUAAUAGGGGCUGCCUGGCUUGGGGGCAGCCCGGGGAGAGCCAGUGCUCCGGCAGAGGGGCGGCGCCCUCGGAGGCAACCGCAAGGACAAAACAGCCCAUCGCUGAGAGGGGGGGGUGAUCGCAGAGGAGGUGCCGCAUGGUGCCCCCUUCUCGCUUCCCCACCCCCGGGACGCUCAAGGUGAACUCUUCCUGAGUCAUUCCCGUUGCGAGAACCUGCUCGAUAAAUGUAUCCAGUAUGGACCAUACCCUGGCCUGGUUCUGGUACCCCCUUGGGAUGCUGCUGUUGCUGUAUUUACCUCGAAGAGGAGCCUACGGGUUCUUCCCCAACUUCUGGUCUCGCACUAUGGCUUUCACCUGGGGGUCCAUCACUCACCAGGACAUGACUGAGGAGGCCAUUCUCAACAUUACCUUGCGCCUCUUUGUGGAGACACCUCAUCCCACCACGGGCAAACACAUCCGAGAGGAGGACUUCAAGGACAGGACCCUCCUGGCUGAUGACAUCUUCGCUGCUUACUAUGGUCCUGAUGUAUCGGCUAAGCGCUUCCGCGGAGCUGUUGCCCAAGUGGCCAAUGCCAAUGCCGCCAUGGACUUCAUAAACACUACACGGGACGACCCUGUGCUCCACUUUGAUUCAGAACUCAUCCGUUCCACCAACGCUUGGCUGUUGCAAACCCGCAAAGAGCUCCUUCAAGCUGUGAGCUCAGAGCAGUAUGUCAUCGCCCGGGAUAAGCUGGGGCAGCUGUUCCAUACCUUACAGGAUUUCUACAGCCACAGCAACUGGGUUGAACUUGGACAUCGGCAGCCACACCCUCACCUCCUUCAACCAGGCCGUGAAAUUAAGGCCAUCGCGGAAGCUGGCAUCCGAACUUGCAGUGAUUGCUCUGACUGGACCUGUCAAGGAAACCUUUUGGAAGGACUCCUUGCUAAAGGGCUUCUCACUACCGGUUACUAUGGCACCCAACCAGAAAAGCCAACUGGAAAGUGCAGUCAUGGGGGGCGAUUUGAUGAAAGUCGCCACAGGGAGCCUCGUGGCGGCAUCAAUAAGGACAGCUCAUCCUUGUUCUUUUCCCCUCAUCACUACUUGCACAGCGAAGCAGCUGCUUUGGCCCGGGAGGCCUCCAUACACUUCCUGGAGGAGCUAUGGAGGGAAAUCGGGAGCAAGCAGUUUAUGAGGCUGCUGGAUAUCAGCCCAGCCACAGGCCUCAGCUUUGUUGUGGACACCACCGGAAGCAUGGGUGAAGAGAUCAGUGCAGCCAAGCGACAAGCAUGGGAGAUCAUCACAUCGCGACGUGCCACUCUUCAAGAGCCAGAUUUCUACCUCUUAGUCCCUUUCCAUGACCCUGAGUUUGGCCCAGUCUCUAAGACCAGUGAUCCAGAUGAAUUCUUGAAAAUUCUCGACACCAUCAGCCCUCUGGCUGGUGGGGAUGAGCCAGAAAUGUGCCUUUCUGCACUUCAGCUUGCCCUCCAGACCUCGCCACCCUAUUCCGAGAUCUUUGUCUUUACUGAUGCUUCUGCUAAAGAUGCUCAUCUCAAGAACAGUGUGGAAGCUCUCAUCCAGGAACAAAAAUGCAAGGUGACCUUCCUAAUCACAGAAGAUCCAUCCAGGACCCGGGUGAAAAGGGAAACACUUUCCCCAGACCGAUUCAACCUCUACGUAAACCUGGCUCAUAGCUCGGGUGGCCAGAUCAUAUUUACAGACAAUGAAAACAUCAAGCGGGUGUCAGAGAUCAUUGGUGAAUCCAGCAUUUCUUCGGUGACCCUCUUCCGCCACCAAAAAGGGAAUAUCUUCAGCCUUGAGAGGUCUCAGCGGAGGACAAAAAAGCAAACAACAGAGAUGGAGGUUCACAGGUUCUGGAUUGACAGCUUGGUGGACAAAGUGAUCUUGACCAUCCAAGGUGGCAUUCAAACCUUUCAAAUCUGGAACCCUGCAGGUACAAAUCAGGCUUCUUCAUCAACCAGUGGUCCCUUAGCGAAGAUCCAGUCCAUUGGUGGCAUUUACCGAGCAUUUCUUUUUUCACCUGUCCUUGCUGGUGAAUGGACACUGAAGCUUCUGUCCAAAGGCCACUAUUCUGUGCACGUUCAAGGUCAGAGCACCUUUGACUUCCUGUAUUACUUUGCUGUUCCAGAGGAUGGACGCCACCCGGGGCUAUUUAUUAUGGAUAGUCACCCUAUAGAAGGCUUGCCUACUUACCUGGUUGUUAUGGCGAUGGGUUUGAAUCGAUCAGAGUUGGGCUCAGUUCAGCUACAGGCAGUGAACUUGGAAGGGAGGGGAGGUAGCCUUGGGGAGCUAAAACUGCAAGGAGGAGCCAACCAGGCUGACCUGUUUGUGGCCGAGCUGCCUCCAACUCUGCAAACCAAUAGCAGCUUCUCUGUGGUUCUCCAUGGCGUGGACAGCGAGGGCCAGAAGGUGGAGAGAGCUGCUCCUCAAGCAACUACUGUUGAGGGAUCCCUGUUGGAGCUGAGCACAGACACUCCUGUGUUCCCAGGGAGGCCUGUUACCAUUGGCUGGAAGGUGACGAAUCCCGGCUCAUCCAAGCAGUAUGAUCUGAAGGUGAGCAGUGUUCCUCGGUUCCUGGUCAACAUCUCCAGCUCCAGGCUACACUUAGGCUUUAACCAAACAGCAACUGGACAGAUUGCCUUGAAUGUGUUAGAUGCUGCCGAUCCUGGCUCUGUGAUCACCGUAACCCUGCAGGCCAACCUCCUUCAUGCAGUUGGGGAUCCUAGCUUUGCCCAUAUCCAGCUGCUUGUGAUGCCUUUACCUCCGGUGCAGAAACUCUCUUCCCCAGUCUGUAAUGUCACUUCUGUCGGUGGUUCCUGUGGCCCACCACAGUCCCCUUGUCGCAGCCAGCGUUGGAUGGCCACGUUGCGAAUUUGGGACAAAGCUGGCGUUCGCUCGGUGCAGGUGGAAGGGGGUGCUGUGGUACCUCACCAUGCUGAUGGGCUAGCGGAGUCGGUCACUUACGCCUCAAACUGUUGCUCACAACAGGCCAGGCUGGUGGUCACCAACCUGCUUGGGGAAAAGUAUUGGUGCCAAGUGGCAUCAGCACCCCCUGCUCCUCCUGACAAGGCAACAGCAUCACCACCUGAUGUCCUUAGGAAGCCUGUGGUGGCUGCGGCGGCUGCUACGACAUCCUGGUGGUGGGUGUUGACAGCCUUCAUGGAGAUUGGUUGGCUAAGAUUGUAAGGCUUCAUGAUACCUGUGGGUUACUGGAGAACUCUUUGACUGUAGAGGCUGCCCUCUGUAGGAAUAUAGUGGUAUUUGACUUGAUUGUGGAGGAGAAUGAAUGGGCUUGGCAAACAAGAGAGAUGCUGAGCAGAAGGGCCGUUCCUGAAGUUUGGGCCCCUCUGGAAGCAACAGGCGGAUCCCAUGAAUGAUGAUUGAUGUGUGUGUUGCACAGGGAUUCACAGAUGGUAAAUAUGCACAUAGCCUAGGAUCCCAUCCCCCUUACCUUAUCUAAGCUGCUCUUGAGUCUUAUCUUGACAGCAGAUCUAGACAGAGACCAAGUCUCUCUGUUCUUCAUAUGGAGAGAAUAGUAAAUGAGCAAAAGAAGCUGCCUUAUACUGAGCCAGACUCUUGGGCCAUGUAGCUCAGCAUGAACCCAUCUGGCACGUGUGUCUGCUGUCUCUUGGAGCCUCACCACUUGAGAUCCGUCUAACUGAAUAUGGCAGGAUUGAAACUAGGACUUCUGCAUGCAAAUGCAUGUGCUCUGCCAGAGAGGCACGGCUGCUCCCUGGAGGAAGUGUCACAGAGACCCAUGGUGGGACUCAAACCUACAGCCUUGCUGCUAUGAAUUCCAUGCUCCGAAUGGCAUUACUAGCCUUUGGGUUCCUAGUCACAUCAUCGGAGCUUGCCAUCCUUUUUCCUGUCUGUUUCCAAACAGUGUUGCUUUUUCAGAGCUUGGAAAAGUUACUUUUUUGAACUACAACUCCCAUCAGCCCCAGGCAGCAUGGCCACUGGAUUGGGCUGAUGGGAGUUGUAGUUCAAAAAAGUAACUUUUUCCAGCUCUGUGCUUUUUAUAUUAUUAUUAUCAGUGCCCCCAGCAAAGAAUAUUUGCAAAACAUUGUGCUGAAGAUUGUGUAUGUGUGCAUUUUUAAAAGGCACUCUCCUGUUUCAUUGUAGAUUGCUCAGGAGGUGGUGUGGCCACAGGUGACAAAGGUCAGUGUAUGCAGUGGCUACUUUGGUCUCUUUCUCUCCUCUCUCCCCUUUAAAAUCUACACAGACUAAUACCUUCAAAUGACUUUAUUAGAUAAUCAGCUCCACAUACAAGAGCAAAACACAAACACACGCUAUUCCAUAGCCUCCAUUCCCCAGAGCCCCACAGGGGCUCCUUCAACUCCCAUUUUAUUCCUCUCCCUCCCUCCCCAAGUCCCUUGCAUAGUAACUCACUUGUACAAAAAGUUGGAACUAUUUCCUCUGGGUCUUUGCAUUGGGUUCUCCUGACUACCAUGUUCUGUGAUGCAACAUAUCUGCUACCUUGAUGAGCCACACAGGAUUCCUAGAAUUAGGUUUCUUCUCUCUCUUUCUUGCCUGCCCAAGAGCCCAUUUUGGUCUCUAAAACACCUUUCUGUGAUGCUGGAAUAAGCCUUCGGACUGCCCUCCUUAUUUUCUUCUUUUUACUGCCCUCAAUCUUUGUUUGACUCUUCUAGACCCUCUAAUGAUCUCACAUGUUCCCCGUUCCAAAGACACACCUAGAUCUUUGAGUGGCUGCUCCAAGAGUUUGCCCUCUACCACCUCUGUCCCUAUAUGCCUUUUCUGACUACCCUCAUCACGUGAGCAAAAUCCUUGCUGUCAACCCCUCCUCUUCCUCCUGAAGUUCAGCUCCUGCAAGCCAGGUUGCUCCCUGGUGGGCUGACAAAACACUGCCAUGCCUGCCAUGGCCCUUUCCUUCUGGCCUGGCGAUUUAAACUUUUAAUAGUUGGUGUUGCUGUUAGCACCCUGCAUCUCCUUACCCAGAGAUGCCAAAUGAUCACCAUCCUGUGUUCUCUUGGGGCAGGAUGCUGUUCCUGCCUUCUUUCUCUGUUUCUCCUGCUGUGUUGCUUUUACUAAUCCAAAAUACAAAGCUGCUACUGACACGUUACAGUUGGGACAGCUCUAGUUCUCUGGACCCUAGUUUCCCUAGCACCUGUCAGUUGAAACAGCAGCCCUGAAUGACGUACUAUAAUAUUUUUUAUCUUAGCUUGUCUUAUUCCCACAUUCUGCUUUCCUAGUAUUUAUGAACAUUAGGAUUCCUCGGUUGGAAUCCUAUUCAAUGGCCCUCAAGUCUCUGGAGCAUUCUCUUACCCUGAAAUAGCCACUAAAGGAUCCCUCCUGCAUGCCUCCCACACACUUGUAAUCUUCGUUUCUGUGCCCGGCACUCCCUCUGCUUUUUGCAGUCUGUUCUCUAGACUCUCCUUUUCUAAAUUACCUUCUCACUAUGGCUACACAGUUUUCACAAGCAGUGUUUGGUGUCUGGAUACUCUCAGGACACUAUUACCCUAGGAUCAGUGAUCCAUUCCAUGUCCUCUUCACAUACUCUGGGAACAGCCCUACCCACGAGGCAGCAGAUGCUGAGGGGAGGAGAAUGGUAGCAAAGUACAGGAUUGUGCAGAUGAAGUCAGGAUUAAACUGUAUCCUCCCACCCAUCAGCUGUCAUCACUAGUGAUGUUGGUGGAUGGCUCUGGGGCCAAAUGUGGGAUUCUGGCUGGAACAGAAGUGGUCCCUUCCACUGCUCAGAAUAUGGUCUUCCUUCAUCACGGGCCUUAUAAUGGUGUCCCCAUAUCUCUCACUGUAGCCCCUCUUCCCUCAUAGUCUGCUUUGAUCCACUCCUGGUAUUUCUUCUUUUACCAACUGAUAUGCAUUCCCCUACAUAUCUCUUUCCACACAAUCUUGCUUCCAAGUACUCAUUGUGAGGAUGGCUGGAGGUAGCCCUAAAAGGUUUUUCUCUCAACAUGCACAGUGGAGGCAAAGGAGGUCGGUACAUCUUGACAGAGUAGUAGAUGUGGAUGCUAUUCAACUGUCUAACAUGGAUUUUGCUGUGCUGGUAGAAUUUUUUUAAGUAUUCAUGUGGUUUAAAGUCUCUGAAUACAGGCAUGCCCUUCACCACAAAAGGGGGGGGGGAGGAAAGAGUAAACAUGAUCUGUGCAUCUACCACUAAAGAGGCCUCAGCCUUGGUAAAAUCCCCCAGCUACUUUUUCUUAUAGUUGGCCUUCUCACGGCCAAUUAAUGCAGGAGAUUUUUUUCUGAUGUGUGAACUUCCACUCUCUCUCUCUUUACUUCAAAGCUACCACAAGGGGCUGAUAGUAUGAUCAAGGAAGCGGAGUUGGGAGAGGUGGCAAUUAAUCCUUUCCCCAUGCUGUUUCUCUGGUCAAAAUUAGUAUACCAGUCUCUUUCCCUAUGAGAAGCACUAAUAGCAGCAUUGGGAAGGGAGAGGGAAGUCAUUUCAGUAGGAGAAAGGAAAAAAUGGUAGCAUCCUUAUUGAAAGCCCUACCACAAGCACUCUGAAGUAAGGGAAAAAAUGUUAGGAGACCUGCUCACGGAUCUCCCACCUCAUGUCCAGUUUGGCCUUAAGCGUGCCUUAAGAUUUGUGCCUAUCUAUGUGAAACUUCCCCUCCUCAUACUUCCUUUAAGUUUAAUUUGAUCUGUAUAUUUUUGCCUGCUGAUCUAAAUCGUUCUCGCUAUAUUUUUAUGCAAAUUAUUUUUUUAUUUCUGGAUGUUUAGUUAUUGCUGUAUGAGAGGAAUGUUUUUGUACAUAUAGAUAUUUGUUUAAAGGAGAUUCUUUUUAAAAACUUAAGCCUUAUGUCAAAUAAACUCCACUGAUGUAAAAUGGGG